UUUUGAUUGAAUAAUCUCCAGAUUUGAGGACAUUUAUUGCACUUUCUUCCUUUACUUCCUUCACUUCUUUUUCCUUUACACCGGGUUUUGUGUCUUUUUUCGAACUUUUUGAGCCUUUCGGUGCCAUUAUUGAACUUAAUAUGUUUAUAAAGCGCCUUUGCAUUAAUUUUAAAAGAUAUUCUAAAAGUGAAGCUGCUUAAUUACAUUAAAAAUGAAACAAAAUGUUUGAUGACGAAUUUUGAUAUAAAAUUUUUGGAUAUAAACAAAGUCGAUGAGAUUGUCGACAAGAGUCGAUGAGAUUAAAGUAAGUUAAAAACUAUUGAACAUGUGACCAACAAAAGCGAAUUUUUUCUCUCAAAAUAUUAGCAAGAAAUAAAAUCAACAAAUUUUUAAAAUUUGAAAAUAACGAUCAAAAAUUAUUUGAAAAAAUACCGGUAGUAAAAUAUUUGAAAACAAUGACUUUGAAUAUUUUAAUUUUUUUGACAGUCAGACAAACAUUCAUCACAACAAAAAUCAAAUUAAAAGCUCAUAAAAUGUGCUAAAAGUGAAAAGAUUUAUUGUAAAGAAUUUAAAGUGUUAAAUCAAAGAUUUAAUCGAAUUAAAAUAAUCAUAUCUAUACAUAUAAUGCUGUAACAACAUUCGAAUAAAAUGAAGUCAUAGAAAAUUGUGAUUUUAAAAGAGAAAAAAUAUCAAUAAUUUGUUGACCUAAAUUUACGUCGUAAUUUUUCCUCUCUAAAUUGAAAAAGUUAAAAAAAAUGCAUGGUAUUUCUGGUGAUAUAGUUCAUUUGAAUGUCGGAGGACAAAGAUUCUCGACAUCAAAAACAACAUUAAAUCAAAUUCCUGAAACAUUUUUCACGUCUCUCUUAUCUGGAAGAAUCCAAUCGCUAAGAGAUGAAACAGGAGCGAUUUUUAUUGACCGAGAUCCUAACUUGUUUAGUCUGAUUCUGAAUUAUUUAAGGACAAAAGAUAUUGACUUAAAUAAAUGUGAUAUACGUGCAUUGCGUCAUGAGGCUGAAUAUUAUUCUAUAUCGCCGUUAAUUAAGCGAUUAUUGUUGAUUGAGGAGAUGGAACACUCUGGAUGUGGAGAUUUACUUUUUUACUCACUUUUGCCUGCACCUAACAUUCCUUUACAAGAAUAUGCUCAAGCAGCUUUAAAUUCCUCAUCCGUUGAGUCAGACUCAUCUCAAUCUCGUGGACUAGUUCGUUCAGACUCAUCGCGUCAGCAAAGCGACGUUCCAUCAACAUCAAGGCACACUCAUUCGAGAAACUCAUCUUGGGACUUGCGGGUGUCGACACAAAGGACACAGCAUUCUAGAAAUCCUUCAUUAGACUUGCGUAAUCAACAUUCUCGAACAUCUUCAGCUGAUUUAAAUAAAUUCAUAAAAAGUGAUUUAGGCUUCGUGUUAGGACAACUCGGUCAAAAUUGGAUAGAUCCACUUCGCGUGCAAAUAAUUAAAGCUCAUCAUAACUGGAUUGCUGUUGCUUAUUCACAUUUCUUUAUUUGUUAUCGUAUGAAAGAUUCAGCUGGAUGGCAGCUUGUCUUUACAUCACCAUUUAUAGACACUAGUAUCGAAAGAAUUGCAAUUAAUUCAAAAAUGACAAUCACAUCAUCAAAUGAUUCAAUCAAUCGGAUGGUUGCUGUGUCUUAUGGAAGUGAAAUUAAGCUAUGGGGAAUCGGAGAAGAGAAAUCUGAUGUGAUUGGAACUUUUAAUCUUCAAAUUCGUGUUGAAUAUUUGUUCUUUAUUGGAAACCAGCUCGUUGCAUUAUCAUCGACUGGAAAGAUUGGUGUCUGGCACUCAAAUACUCGUCAUUUUCAGAUACAAGAUUUAUUGCAAAUUUUAUCAUUUGAUCAUGCUGGGUCGUUCUUGCUACUUGGCUGCACCAAUGGAAGCAUUUAUUAUAUUGAUAUGCAGAAAUUUCCGUUAAGGAUGAAGGAUAAUGAUUUGCUGGUGACUGAGCUGUAUAAGGAUCCAGCAAAUGAUCCAAUCACGUCCAUUUCUAUUUAUCUGACGCCGAAAACAACGACUGAAGGACGUGAAGGUUUAUCCGGAAAUUGGAUAGAAAUUGCAUACGGAACAAAGUCAGGAGCUGUCAAAGUAAUUGUUCAACAUCCAGAAACUGUCGGUCAUGGACCCCAAUUGUUCCAAUCAUUUUUCGUUCAUCAAAGUCCAGUCAUUAAAGUGACAUUGUCGGAAAAAUAUUUAAUCUCGGUUUGUAGUGAAUACAAUCACGUUCGUACAUGGAAAGUCACAAGAUUUCGUGGAAUGAUUAGCACACAGCCAGGCUCGACACCUGAAGCAUCUUACAAAGUCGUUUCACUUGAAAGUGUCGAGACAAAUAACACAUAUUUAGCUGGCAAUUCUAUUGGACCUUUUGGUGAGCAAGACGAUGAACAAUUAAUGAUUCAAAAAGUUGUGCCGGAAGCAGAUAAAUUGUACGUUCGAUUAGCAUCGAAUGGAAAUCGUGUUUGUGUGAUUAAGUCUGUAGAUGAUACAGCAAUCUCCUCAUUUUGUGUGCAUGAAUGUGAAGGAUCUCGUGGCAUGGGAUCUCGUCCGAGGAGAUUCUUAUUGACUGGACAUUGCAACGGCUGUAUUCAGUGGUGGGAUUUAACUACAGCACUAGAUCUAUACAAUAAAGGAGAAUUAAUUCAAAAGUCGAAUGGAUUGUCAGCUGACGAGUUAUUACAGGAAUUAGAUCAAUGUGAUUUAAGUAAUAGUCACAGCACGACACCAUCAUCAAUUUCGCCAUGCAUUUCGAAUCUACAAAAUGCUCAUCACACGCGUCUUAAAUCCUCAAAUGUUACUUUUUUAAAUCAGAAUGUUUCGCAUAGUUGCAGUGAUCUUUAAAUCUACUUCUUUUUUUUAUACUUUAAUUAAGAGAAAUUUUGGCUAUUUUUAAUAUCAAUAUAUAUUGUGCAUUUUUAAUGAAUGUAUUUAACAAUUAUAUCCUGAAUAAAGAGAUAAUUUAACGAAGACUAUGAACAUUCUGGAUCUUUAAUCCGAGAAUUUCAUUUGCUGAGUGACACAAGAUGUUCUCUGUAUCGGUCUCAAUUGAGUCAUUUUGGAUUGUAAAUAACAGCGAAUUUGGUUGCUUCAGUUCCGCUGGAUUUUGAGAAAUUUUCACAUUUCGAAGUGGUGUGUAAUAAAUUUCGUCAAUUUUCCGAACUUUUAACUGAAACUCGUAAUGUUCGUUAAGCUGCUUGAUGCACGGAUCACAAAUUAAUGCCUCUCGAUCA